ACCGCACCUCUGAAAACGCGACUGCCCCGAAAGCUUCUCUUAUCCGAAAACUCACCGCAUUCGUCAUUUCCCUUCCUUUCAAUCACAGAAUUGGUCCCUGGAACGAAAACCUUCGCUCUGAAAAUGUUGCCCGCUGCAAUUCAAUCCGGCGCCAAUGGCGCUUCCCCCUUCUCCUGUUCCCUCCUCCACCAGACUCCCACAACCACCACAUUCAAAUCCACUGCUCUCGCCUUCUCGAAACCUUGUCCAAAACGACAGUUGUCCUCCGCUCUCGAUCGAAAGCGCUUCUCCGCAUUCGCUGCGCCGGAAACGGUGGCAGCUCCGCCAUCGGAGGACGAGAAGGAAGUUGAAAUUCCGCAAUCGUUUGACAAAAUAAAUGAGGUGGUGGUGAACCAAAUGGCGAAGCCUCGACUGGUGCUUAAGUUCAUAUGGAUGGAGAAGAACAUUGGGUUGGGACUGGAUCAAGUAAUUCCUGGACAUGGCACGGUGCCCUUGAGCCCUUACUUCUUCUGGCCUAGAAAAGAUGCUUGGGAAGAGCUCAAGACGACUCUGGAAAGCAAGCCCUGGAUUUCCCAGAAGAAGAUGAUUAUACUUCUCAAUCAGGCUACCGAUAUCAUCAACUUGUGGCAACAGAGCGGCGGCAAUCUCACUGCUUGA